AGUGCAAAGUACGCGUGAUUUGAUUGGCUGACGGAAAAGAAGGAAGACUGAGCGGUUGUUUUGAUUCUAAAGAGAUACUCUAAUAUACGAUGGAAACAGUUAAUCAAGAACUGUCCGGUCCGAGUUUACAGGAAUUUCUACAAGGAGAAUUGACCACGCUAUGUAGGAAUCUGGACGAUACUUACAACGUCCUCUCUCAGAAAUGGAUCAGCGCCGAACUGACCAGUCACCUAGACAAACUACAGCAAGGACAACAGGAUAAAGUCCAGCAUUACCACGAGGAGAUAGAUAGCCAUGAGAAAAAUAUCAAGAAAAUCCAGGGACUGGCUAGUAACAACCAGAAAGCCUUAGAGGACCAGAUUCAGAAGUUGAGUGCACUCAAACAGGAACUGAGGAUACUCACGACUCAGACUCAGUCAGCCCUCCAGCAGCAAGAGAAACUCAGCUCAGAAAUAUCCAACUCACAGCAAGACAUUGCAGCCCGAACAGAAGCUCUGAAGGGGAGUUCUGAGGACACAGAAAAAACCCAGAGAGACUUGGAGCUGGCCUCAAAAUUCUUUCAGGACAGACUCAGUCUCCGUUUCCAGAAGAUCUCAGGUGGACGACUCCAGUAUUGUUUCUCUUCAGUGGACAGAGAAAAUCCUGACAACUCGUGUUGUUUCUGUCUGAAGGUUAACAGUGACAGGAGCUACACAGUGUCUGACUUUUCCCCAGAAGUAGAGGGUUUCCAGGAAUUGGAGCAGAAACUGAAUGCAACAAACGACCUUCGAUCUUUUAUGGUGGCCAUCCGGAAAAAAUUUGUCAAGACUGUUAACUCUGCUAAAUAAAUGAUAAAAGUUGUAGUAUUGUU